UCCCUCCCUCUUUCUCAAUCAAGAAUCUCGAUAGGUUUUCUUGAAGAACAAUUAAUUGCAGGUGACUUAAGAUGGACAGAUAUUGUGAAUUCUGUGUGAAUUUAAGAUCAGUUGUUUACUGUAAGGCGGAUGCAGCCUAUCUUUGUCUUCCAUGUGAUACUAAGGUUCACUCAGCCAAUCCUCUCUCGAACCGCCAUCAUCGGACCCUCAUUUGUGAGUCUUGCAGACGUCGCCCAACCUAUGUCCGAUGUUAUGAUCAUCACAAGUUCAUGUGUCGCGGUUGUGACCUCACCCAACACGAUGCUAAUUCUUCUCAGCAUCGAAAAAGAGUAAUGAUCAAUGGUUACGUUGGCAGCCCAUCGGCUCAAGAUUUAGGGAUAUUGUGGGGUUUUGACUUGAAUCGGUUUCUUGAUGAUAGAAGUGUUCUUAAUAACCAUAGAUUUGGUUCGAAUUCAAGUUCCUCCGCAAACACAAGUGUUGUCGGUUUAGAGUCCGGGACGUUGGGGUCAAUCGAUGAACACAUUAAGGAAGUUUGUGGCGGUAUACAAGAGUUCGUUGUUCUUCAACAACUUGUUGAUUUGUUAAAGGUUCAGACGUCCGAUAUUGAUCAUAUUUCAGCGGUUACACGUCGCCAAGAUCACAAGCCGGAGACCGAUGUCCAUCGGUUUUCUCAACAAUUCUUGCUCGGAGGGGGGAGUCCCCGUCACCACGAGAUCGGUCUGGAUCCGUGUUCAUCGCCAUUCACACAAUUGGACCAUUUAGAAUCUUCUGAAACCGAAGAAACUGGCCUCCAUGGAGACUCAUUUUGGCAAUGCAAAAGUCCAGUUCCAAGCAGCCAGUUAUGGUCUCAAAAUAUGCAAGAUCUUGGUGUAUGUGAAGAACCAGCAUGCUUGGAUGAUUUGAACAUACCCGAUAUCGAUCUCACAUUCCGGAACUUCGAAGAACUCUUCCGAACCGAUCAAGAUCCCACCAGUAUCUGUCAGGAUACAUCGACGGCGUCUUCUUUUACUAUCACGGAGUCAUCUCCAAAGAAAGCAAGUUACGCUUCCGAAAUCGUGUCAUUCUCUCACUCGAGACUCAAUGCGGAAAGCAGCGGUACCAUGUGCCGCGACAGUGGUAUUCCGCCUUCGUGUGGAUCAACCGAGCACCAUGAAUCUGCGAAAUCGAAAAGAAAGAAGAAUGUUGAGAUGAAGGAUUCGAAACAAGGCCAAUGUGGUUACAAAAAGGCUCGAUCAUAUACACGAAAACGAACGAAAUCCCAGGGUUGGAAGUUCAAAAGCCAUGAAUCUGGGACAAGAAGCUGCUGAAAAUUCCUUCAUUUAAUUCAUUGUUAAUUGUUGUAGAUCAUAGUCAACUCGUACGCCAAGAACACGGCAACAACUUAUUCAUGUUAUGAUAGAUUCAGACCUUCCUGUCUUGAUCGACUGAAAGAUGCCGAAAACCCAUUGAGACAGUAAGGUCUGUUGGUUAGGAUAUAUGCCGACACUUUCUGAGCA